AUGAGCUGGCGUUCUAUGAAUAGCAACGACAACAAUGAUGUUGCCAUGUCAUCUAGCAUGGACGACGAUGAGCCAGACUCCGGCAGUCAGGAUCCAGUCCAUGCGGACGGCGGUGUCGAUGAUCUCCAUGGACGCCUGGGAACGUCAGGACCUGACUUGCCACCCACUGAAAAUCGCCUACUGGAGAAAGAAAACAUGACAAUGGGGGAGGAGAAGAAACAAACUGAGCUAGAAAAUGGACUUUCCUCCACUCCGCCGCCACCCUCUGCUGCUGAGGACUCUUCAUCAUGCAAAACGCAAUCUUUGCCAACAGCUCAGUCCCAAGCGAGCUCUCCCGUUACGACACAAUCGACUUGCGAAUUCACUCACAAGAUCGUCAAUUACUCACAAAAGAGGGAAUCUGGCUGCAAGAAAGCGGAAUACUCAGCAACGACUGUUGACGAAUUCGGCAAUCGCUGGAGGUUAAUUGUCUAUGUGAAUGGGAAUGGUAGGGCCAGCAAUCAUCACUUGAGUUUGUUCUUACAGGUGGCGGACGCUGACGAUCUACCGUUCGGCUGGAAGAAAGCCGUAAGCUAUGUUCUCACACUGGAGCACCCCAGUGGAGUCAAUUUGAGCUACGCUAAACGCAACCCCGACAAAACUUUCAAAUUAUGCCCAAAAGCUAUUGACUGGGGCUGGUCACAAUUCAUUACAUCCGACAGGAUCCAACAGGAAGGAUUUGUCCACAACGACUCUCUAACUGUUCGUGCAUCCGUGACAGUAAAGUCUUCUUCUGUAAGCAUCGAUGCUGAAGAUGCGGAACUUUACCUAAAGUGUGCUGUCGAGGAAGGCGGAGCUGAAGCCGUCAAGCUAUGUUUGGCACAGGGCGCUUCCGUUAGCUGCAAAUUUAAGGAUGAUUUGUACACACCGCUACAUACGGCCUGUUCUUCGGGAAAUAAUGGGCGCUCGAUGGAAGUCCUCAACCUACUUCUAGAAAAGGGGGCUGAUGGAAACGCAUGCAACAAAUGGAGGGAAACACCGCUCCUCAUUGCUGCCAACAAUGGUCACCAAGCCGCCGUGGAAGCCUUGCUUAAACAUGGCGCCGACCCUAGUCUUUGCAGUGAAGCAGGGUGGAGCGCCUUGACGUUUGCGGCGCACAAGGGGUACGACGACAUUGUCUCGCUCUUGUUGAGAGCAGGAGCUCCGGUCAACUGUCGUGUUACAGAAGAUUCUAGUACGCCGCUUCACAAGGCCUGUGCAGGCUCCAAACCAGGUCACCUCUCAGCCGUGAAGCAGCUCAUCGACGGUGGCGCCGAUGUCCAUGCUCUAAACAAAUGGAGGGAAACACCACUAUUGACGGCAGCUAACCACGGCCAAGCCGGAGCCGUUGAGGCUCUCCUAAAAGCGGGGGCAGAUCCAUGCAAAUGUACCGACACAGGCUGGUCCCCUCUGAGUAUUGCCGCAUAUAAAGGUCACGACAGUGUCGUCCGGCUUCUACUAGAAGAGGGGGCGCCCACCGAAGAGGCCGACCCUACUCUGAGCGCCCUCCUGCAGGCAGCUACAAAAGGGUUGCCAGAUACUGUAGAACUUCUCCUGCGUCACGGAGCUGACCACACUGUUACGACGAAGAAAGGCGACACUGCCCUGUCAAUCCUUGUAGAGCAGAAUCUCAUUGACGCCGCCGUGGAAAUGGUCACCGAAUACAAAGCCAGCGUACCGCGUUGCUCGAGGGACAGGAAAAAGGUUCAACGCGCUAGGCUCCUAAUCAACCUUCGUAUGAAACAACACCAACGGGAGGGCAAACUGGCGGUGGGAUCGGACGACGACGAAACUGACGAAGAUUCAGAUGAUUUUAAGUCAGCGCAGCAUGACGAGAACGGGAGCCCCACAGCGGCCACCCCAAGAAACAAGAAGAAAAAGAAAAAGAAAGGGGCGACGCCAAAGGCAUCGGCGGAAGAACAGGCAAGGGCAGCCGAGGAAGCGCUCCUUCUUGAACUGGAAGAGGAGGAUGCCAAGGCCAAGAAAGAAGAGGCUGAGGCGAAUUCGAAGAGAGCGAAAAAGAAGAAAAAGAAGGAACGUGAACGGCAACAAAAGCUAAAGGAGGAAGAGGAGCGCCGCGAGAGAGAAGAAAAGGAAAAGCAGGAGCGUGAGCGAAUCCGUAUGGAAAAAGAAGAAUUGGAAAGGAAAGAACGACAGCAAAAACUCAAAGAACAGAAAGAACGUGAGCAGAAAGAGGCUGCAGAACGAGAGAAACUUGCGGCCGCAAAGCGGAAAGAGCGGGAGCAAAAGGAGAAGAAGCAGCGAGAAGCUGAGCAGAAGCAACGUGAAAAAGUAGAGCGCCAAAAGAAAUCGGCACCACCGCCCGCCGCUUCUGCUGCUGCCCCCACCGCCGUCAAGGGUUGGAAAACCAAACCAAAUCCUGCUGUUGUCAAGAAGCCCGUGCCUGUAGCUUCCACGCCUGUCGCUGAUCCCAAGGUUGUCGCUGCACCACCAGUGGCAGCCGCGAGAGUGGCAAAACCUACGAGCAAUCGUGGCUGGGAAACGAAAGGACAGCCUGUUAAAGCGCCACAACCGCCUAAACCUGCUGUUCAGCCGCCGCAGCCGAAUCCUGUUGCAGCGACCAAGCAAAACGCGACAACUAGCAAGGCAGUGACUCGAGGAUCGCCGAAGGAGCCAUCUGCACCUCCAGCAGCACCGGUACCGUCCUCUGCUCUUCCUCCCCGUGCCACGCCUCCUGCUGACGUUGUAUCGAAGCAGAAAACGGCAACUGAUGCAACUCUUCCCGUAGACGCCUCAAAUGCAAACAAUGGGGUGCGAGGACCAUCAAACUCUGCACCAAGGCAGGAGCAAGCUCCUCCUCCUGAUGUCAUCCGUGACGCAUUUUCAGAGGUUGACACCAGGGUUCAAAAGAAUUUGAAUGUUACUUCUGUGGAACACCCUGCUGUCGCGGUCUUUCGUCGAGAAAAAGUCACUGAGUUGUUGCAGAGGUGCCGCAUGGCGCUGAACGUUGUGGACGAAUCCGCUCUCCGACGAGUCCUCUACCGUUGGAUUGUGCGUGCUGCACAUGGUCAGAGCUCCUACAUAGAUUGCAUCAUUCCGAGCUGGGUGGAUUUCAAUCAGCUUGCAACCUUCUUCCAGCGGCAAUUCAUCGCUGAGGGCCGAAAGGGCGUACGGGGUUCUUCCGGUGGAAACGACAUUGUUAGCAUGGAAGUCCUUCGGGAAGCCGGAACUUCAGUGGCCAACUUGUGCCAGAGCCAAGCUAAGGCUGUGGUUCAGUUUCGCAUUCGGAUGGACAACCAAGUGCCUCGUGAUUGGACUGAUGGCACUCUGAUGAUGAGUGCAACUGAUGCCAGGAACGGAAAUGAAAUUGGAGUUGUUGUGGACUGGGCUAACCGGUCAAAGGUGUACUUGACUGCAAAGGAAUACACGACACUCCGCACUCGUUACGUUGGACCACCCAAUCGUUUUCUGGCUAGCUUGUUCCUCGCAAAGACACGCUACGAAACGAAAGAGUUGCUUUUGGCAGACACGGCGCUGAAUUUCUGCCUGCCACCUUCCACCAAAUUGUCCCUUGUCAACGAGGCGUCAGUUGCGGCGGAGCUCUUCUCGGACCCGCUGACAGCUCUUGAGAGCAAUGUGUUUUGGGGCAACUUUGAAGACGUGGACUCUCUUUUUGGCGGUGUCAUGCCUUUUGGAAAGGAUGAAGGAAGCAGCGAAGAACUACUCCUUCGACACGGCGGAUCUGUGUCCGUUUUGUUACCAUUCGACAACAUGGUGGCGUCACGGUACAUGCAUCGGUUGAUUGACAUCCUCGAGGACUGCGAGCCAAGAGGCGUUCCUGUUUCUUUCCUCGUUUUUGUUCGUGUUGACUGCUUCCACGACCACGUUGCUUCUCCUUCCGCUAAAGACCUCCACCUCUUCGAUCCCCGUCUAGGCGACGACAGCAAGAAUUUCCUACAACGAGUGGAGACGUUGUCCCCUGGGCACCACCACUUCUUUGCUGGUGGCGUCGCCCAGGUUAGCGUCAUCGGAACGGUAUUGGCCCUGCUCCAGAAUGACCCCGCCAAAGCAUGCUUUGUAGUCACCGAAGGGUCCAUGAACAAAAUCAAGCAGUCGAUGUCGGAAAAUGUGGGCUCCACCUCCGGGCUGCAGUUGGUCAACCCUAUGGGUUUCAAUGGGAUGCAAGAAUCGCCUACGACAGCCGCGCAACCUUCCUACUUUGAAGGUCUUCCGCCCAUUUCUCCAACCCCGCAACACCAUUCUACGUUCAUGGAUUUCGGUGCUGCUCCCAACAACAACAACAUUUCGAAGGUGUUUACUCCUGCCGAAGCACGCCGUGCACCCCCACCGCGUCGCGGACGGCUGUUUGAAUUGAUCGAUGAUGGAGAAGAGGAACAAUUCAACGACGUUGAUGUUGUGUCUGGAAUGCUAAACACUCUUAACGUGGACCUUUUCCAGAACAGUGUUUCGCAGGAUGUCGACAUUGAAGCAAUCAGCCUCAUGGGUAUCGGAAGCCCACCUCCUAAUGGUUUGCCACCUGGAAAUUCUCAUCAGGCAAGCCGCUUUGGUUGA